CCUCGUUCGCAGGACAUCACCUUCGACGUUCUGGCCGGAUGCUACGCGGUCAUCGCGCUCGUCGCGCUGAUCCAGCUGCUUCGCAUACAGCGCAGGGUUCCCGAGUACGGGUGGACGACGCAGAAGGUGUUCCACCUCCUGAACUUCGUGUGCGCGUCGUUCCGCGCGGGUGUCUUCCCCGUGUGGCGCGAGGUGGACGCCCUUCCCAACGCCGCGGCCCGCGCGGCCCUCAUGGACACCCCGGGGCUCCUCUUCUUCACCACCUACGCCCUGCUCGUCCUGUUCUGGGCCGAGAUCUACCACCAGGCCAGGAGCUUCCCGACGGGCGCGCUCAGACCCACGUUCGUCGGCGUCAACGCGCUCGUGUACGCGUUCCAGGGCUCGCUGUGGACGUGGGAGGGCGCGCAGCCCAAGGUUGGUCCGAUCCUCGAGAAGGUAUCGGCGCUCUUUCUCGCGUUUGUGUGCGCCGCCGCCGCCGCCGGCUUCGUCGUGUACGGCGGCAGGCUCUUCGCGAUGCUUCGAAGGUUCCCGGUGGAGAGCAGGGGGCGACAGAAGAAGCUGAGGGAGGUUGGCGCCGUGACGGUGGUGUGCGCCACGUGCUUCACCGUCCGCGCGGUGAUGGUCUGCACGAGCGCGUUCGCCGAGACCAAAGACGGCUUGGACGUGAUGAACCACCCAGUUAGAAACGCGUUUUACUACGCGUGCUGCGAGAUCGCGCCGUCGGCGCUGGUGCUCUUCAUCCUCCGGAAGCUGCCGCCGAGG